AAAUAUUUUAAUUUUUCUAGGAAUAUUAGUUAAAUAAUUGUUCAGGAUGAGUGGUGAUUUUGUAUGGGCUAUUAAAAAUGGAGAUCUAGAACAAGUUAAAGACAUAAUUGAGAAAAAGAUUUUUCAGUCAGUUAAUGUUAAUGAUGAAGUCCAGGGACGACCUCUCAUACUAUAUGCUGCGGAUUAUGGACAAACAGACGUUAUUGAAUACCUAAUAUCUGCAGGAGCAGACGUGAAUUCCAAGGAUAAGUUUGGUAUCACCGCCCUUUUAGCAGCUAUCUGGGAAGGUCAUAAGGACUGUGUAAAAUUACUUUUAGAAAAAGGUGCCAGAAAGGAUGGAGUUGCCCCAGAUGGAAAAACGUAUUUAGAGUCUGCCGAAAAUAAUGAAAUACGACAACUUUUAUCUGCUUAAAUUUUGUUUGGUCCGAAACUGUCCAAGAAAUGAUUGAAUUUAGUGAACAAGAUUAGUAUUA